AUAUCACCGAUUUUCCCCCUUUUACUAGAUUGGUGAUAAUAAGCAGUAUUAUUUUUCUUCAUAUUGAAGUGUAAUUUGUAAUCAAUCAAAAUGAUCGAUCUAUGUUAAUAACUCUAUUAAUAAAGAAAAUAUCAUUGUGCUUGUUGUGCGAAACAAAUGAUUUACGAGUAUAUGAAAUAUUAAAUUGAUAUAAUAAUCAUAUAUAUCGUUCGACCUCUUUAUUCGGCUAGAUUAUUCCAUUGUAAUUAUUUUGUCCUUCGAAUCGUUCGAAAAGCAUACGACAGCCAUUUAGAUUUCGAUUAAGAGAGACGUGGACUUUUGGUGAUUGUGCUUAGUUGACAAUAUGUUAAUGCGAUUUGAAAUCAACAUUGUAUAACCUCUGCAAUACUAUAAACGUUUUCGUGUGAUAUAUCAUUUAUUAUUUCCUGUUAUUUUUAUUUCUGAUUAUGGAAGGUCAUUAUGAUAAAUUGACUUGGUUGGAGGUUAGAGAUUUGUUUAGAACAUGGAGAGAAAAUUCAGAACGACAAAGCAGAGAUGUUGUUAAUUUAUGGGAAAACGUUUUGGCAGGAAAAAUCAAUCAACUUGGUAACGAAAAAUACUUGGUACUGGAACAAGUUUGCGUAGCUGCUUUGGACUGCUAUCGUUUGUCAUUAGCGGAUUAUUGUAUUAAAAUAUUGAUGAUAGAGUUUCCUGGUAGUUUGAGAGUUCAUAAAUACCAUGCUAUGCACUUGGAAGCAUUGGAAAUGUAUGACGAAGCAAUAGAAGUAUUAGAUUCUAUUAUAAAAAAGGAUGAAACUAAUGCUGCUCCAAGAAAACGGCGUGUAGCUUUAUUGAAAGCUAAAGGAAAGAUAUUUGAAGCAAUCAAAGAACUUACAGAAUAUCUAAAAAAAUUCAUGAACGAUCAAGAAGCAUGGCAUGAACUAUGCGAUUUGUAUUUACAAGAACAUGAAUAUUCUAAAGCAGCUUUUUGCAUGGAAGAAUUAAUAUUACAUAAUCCACACAGCCAUUUAAUUUAUCAAAGAUAUGCAGAAAUAAAAUACUCUCAGGGAGGUUUUGAUAAUAUGGAAUUAGCCAAAGCUUAUUUCUGUCAAGCAGCUAAAUUAAAUCCAAAUAAUAUUAGAGCAUUUUAUGGUCUACUAUUAGCAACAAACAGUAUUGCAACAUCACCUAAAUGUCCAGCGUCUAAGAAAAAAGAUGCAAUAAAAUUGAGUGAAUGGGCUGCAAAUCAAAUUGAAAAACAAUAUUCAAGUAAGGUCUCAGAAGAAGAAGUUAAAAAUAUAGAAGGAUUACUAGGACAAUUGCAAAUUGAAGCUUAGAUAUUGAAAUGCAUUUAGUCAAUGUUCAUAUUCAAAUCAAGUUAGGAUUUUGUAAAUUUGUUUGAAUGUUGUAAUAUAUGUAAAUGCAUUAUCUAUAAGAAUACUGUUUUCAGAGACAGUCAGAAUUAUGAUGAAUAACUGUGUACAUGGACAUUCACAGAACAUUUUUGAUCAUAUCUUAUAACGUUUACUAAUUUUAUAUACACACACAUACACACACACACACAUAUAAAAUAUCAUAGUUUUAAAUAAUUUAUACUUUUACAAGAUUCAUAUGGAAUAUGUGAUUCGUAUUAUUGUACUUUGAUAAGUAUAUCUAAAAAAUCGAAUUCAAAUCUAAAAUUAUUGACACUGAAAGAAAGUAAGCAUUUCAUGUAGCAUUUUGUCAUGCACUAAACAUAAUUAUUGUCUGAUAUUAUAUUACUUUGCAAUAUUAUUUAAAAAAAAAAAAAAAAAUACAAUUUCCAUUAAAGUGCACAGAACUGAACUACUUCUAGUAUUCCUUAACAUAGUCAUCAACCUAUAUUUAUUUCGCGAGAAGUUAACAAAAAAAAAAAAAAAUGUGAAAUAUAAUAUAAUGUUGAAAGAGAACAGCUUAAAAAUGUGAAGUGUUGAUAAACAAAGAAUCUGUUGGAUUUAACGUUAUCAUCCACGUUGCUUUAAGAAUAUUAAUGAUUGACAAACUAAUAUCUAAUCUAUUCAUCACAUGGUUCAUUAAUAUUCUUGAAAAAUAAUUUGUGCAACAAGAGUGUAAUUGUAUGGUUGUGGAGAUUUUAAAUAAAUAUAUACUUUAAUACGAGUGAAAAAAAAAAAUAUCAUUAAUAACAUAUAGUACACAAAUAUAUUUUGUGCUUUUCAAUAAAAAUAAUUAAACUAUGUUGAUAAUAACAGCACAGAUACUAUAAAAUAUCAGCUGAAAAAUCUGUUACAUAAAAAAUCAUUGUAUGGUCAUCUCUCCAUACUUUCACCGUUACUUUUUUCCCAGUCUUCUUUUUUCUUUGCUCUUUCUAUGGCUUUUUUCAUUCUUCUUUCUUUCCGCGUUUCAUCUCUUAAUGCAAAAUACUUUUCUCGGAAAUCGGUUAAACAUAUAGAGUUUAUGUCAUCGGUUUCCUAGGAAAAAAAAAAAAAAAAAAAAAAAAAAAAAAGAAUUACAAUAUUAUCACAGAUAUUAUAUUAUUAUAAAAGAAAUGUCAUUAAAUUUAAAACAUCGAACAAUGUACCUGUGGUUCUUUUACUUUUUCAUAAGUUAAUAAUCUACGACUUGUAUAAUUACUAAGAACCUGUUCUGAAUUGGCUAUUAACCGUAAACAAGGAUGUAUGGGUAACUGAUCCGUGGAAUAUUGAUCUCUGCAAAAAUAAAAAGUAUUGAUAUACCAUGUAAUAUCUAAUUUGACAAAUUAUAUGUAUUCUUUAAUAAAUAAUUAACUUUGAUACUGUAAAA